AUGUACAGACGGCAUGAAGAACGACACGAAGCAACUACACGUGACUAUCAUGAAAUUCGUGAGACAUCACCAACAACAGGAGCAACUUAUCGAUCAUCAAUUAAUCCACGCGUAACUAAUGUACAACGAUCACGUCCAUUGGCUUUUGGUGGCGGCGGCGGUGGUGGUGGUAGUGGUGUUAUGACACGAAUCUAUCAAAGUUUUCAAUCAAGUGGUAGACGUAGUGGUUUUGGUCCGGGUCUUGCGGCUUUAGCAAAUUUUCCUGGUGUACCAAUACGUGGUUCAAACAUUGGAAGUACUGCUUUAGUUGGUCUAAAUGCAUCACGUCAACGUGAUAAACGUGAACUUGAACAAUUAAAUGAUAAAUUUGCACAAUAUGUUGAAAAAGUGCGAUUUUUAGAAGCACAAAAUCGAAAAUUGUUACUUGAAUUAGAAGCAUUACGAAAUCGUUCAGGACAAGGUUCAUCACGUAUUAAAGAAAUGUAUGAUAUUGAAAUGACUGAAGCAGGUAGAUUAAUUGAUAGUGCAAAAAAAGAUGCUGCUGCUGCUAAUAUUAAAGCACAACAAGCUGAACAAGAAGUUAAACGACAACGUGCACGAUAUAGUGAAACAGCUGGUUUAAGAGAAACUGAUCGUAAAGAAGCCGAUGCUAUUGAACGACGAAUUGCUGAAAAUCAAGCUCAAAUCAAUUUAUUUCGACGUCGUAUAGCUGACCUUGAAGAUGAAGCACGACGAUAUAAAGCUGAAAGUCAACGUCUAUCAUCUGAAAUAGCACGUAUUCAACAUGAAAUUCAAAAUGAAUUAUUUCUUAAAUCAUCAUGUGAUGUAGAAAAAAUAGCUCUUCAAGAUGAAAUAGCUACACUUAAACAAAUACAUGAUGCUGAUUUAGCUGAAAUUCGUUCUCGAACUAUAUCUACUGAUCUUGAUCCAACAAAAUUUUUUCGUAAUGAAUUAUCACAAGCUAUACGUGAAAUUCGUAAUGAUUAUGAAAACGUUGUUGAUAGUCAACGUACUGAUAUACAUAAUCGUUUUCAAAUAACAUACAAUGAACUUACUAUGCGUUUACAACGACCAGAUCAAAAUCCACUUUAUAAUGAACAACAACGUCGACAAGAAGAACGUGUUCGUAGUGAAAUAUUACAAACACAAAAUCGAAAUGGUUAUCUUAAAGCAACAAAUCAAGAUCUUAAAAAUCGUAUUGAUGAACUUCAACGAAAACUUCAUUCAUUUCGUGAAGAUGGUAGUUUAGGACAAGGUCGAGUGGCUAAAGAUAUUGAGGAAGCACGUCAUCGAUUAGAACGUGCUAAUCGUGAAUAUAAUGAAGUAACAAGUUUAAAAACAUCAUUAGAAAAAGAAAUUAAUACUUAUAGAGAAUUACUUGAAAGUCAAAGUGGUCUUCGUGGAUAUGUUGAUCGAAUUGUACAAAAUGCUGAACAACAAGCUUUUGAUCGAUCUCUUGGUGUUGGUGGCGGUGGUGGUGGUGGUGGUGGUCGUACUGAUGGAUCAACAACAACUAUUAGACGUACACUUUAUACUACAGGUAGUAGUUCAACUGGAUCUGGUGGUAUUAGUAAUCUUAUAACUCAAAAUACUCGACCAACAAGUGGUUAUGAAACAUUAUCAAGUGGUUUUAGAAGUUCAUUUCAUGGUAGUACUGGUGGUAGUAAUAUAACACGACGAAAUUGA